CGAGAGUGAUGCUACACUACUUUCUAUAGUGGAGCAGCAUUGAACCCUGAUUGAAAAUAGUGCACAUAUUUAUUUCUACAAAAGUGUGGAAAUGAAGUUUGAUGUUUGAAACACAAAUCAAAAUCAUCAGUGUGCAUUUUUUUAUAGUGCCCCUACUUCGACUUUCGACUUGAGAACUGGAGCGCCACUGCCAUUCGUACUGUCACGCACUUUGCCGACGACGUUUCGCCACGUAAUUUUUGUGUGUUUUCUUUCAACAAAACUCUGCAACCGGCUUGGUCCCUAAAAAUUCAGCCGAAACCAUUCGAAUAAUCCGCAUUUAAUCCUGCCAAAAGCCAAAAAGCGGCACCACCCAAAAAUCAUGGAGUCGAUGGUUCGCUACAUCUCGCCGGUAAAUCCGGCCGUGUUUCCCCAUCUUGCCAGCGUGCUGCUGCUCAUCGGGACCUUUUUUACUGCGUGGUUCUUCGUGUUUGAGGUAUCCCGGCCGAAACUGCCCAGCAGCGGAAAGGAAGGGGUUAUUUUCAAGGAACUGCUCAUUUCUUUGUUUGCGUCGAUCUUCCUCGGAUUCGGAGUGCUAUUCCUGCUGCUCUCCGUGGGGAUCUACGUGUGAGCGUGCUGCGUAUUGCCGGUGAGAGAAGAACCUCGUCCACAAUCAACCUCCCAAAAUCUAUUCCGUAAGUUACAUGAUCUAUCUAUGUAGGAGAAGAUACAUUAAGCUGCAACCGUGAGGGGCGUUCCGUUUUUUUCGCCCAUCCGAUCGAUACAGAGAACUGAAUCUUGAACGCGCGAUGUAAUGUGUGAGCGUGGUCGGUAAUCAGCUUGAUCCGUAAAUAUGCAUUUUCUCCCUGUUUCGGUGUCGAUUUGGACAAGAAAGAUUUACAGGGAGACUAUUGAUAAGAUUUUUCCUUCUGAAUAAUAAUUCCCAAUUAGGCUUAAUCGGACUUGAUUGUGUCCAACUGUGAAACUAAA